AUGGAGCCCGAAAAGCAUAGGAGUUCCGACACAAAUUCAGGCCAAGAAAGUGAUCAUCGGAAGGAGAAAAUCAACGACGAUGAUAACUCAGGUGUUGAGAGAUCAUACGAGUGCAAUUUCUGCAAGCGCGGCUUCACGAACGCGCAAGCUUUAGGAGGGCACAUGAAUAUACACAGGAAAGAUAAAGGCAAAGCGAAGCCGAAAAAACAGGAGGGAUCUUCAAUUCAGAAUAAAUAUAACAAUGAAGAUUUCUUAGAUUCAAGAUUUUUCCCUCCAGUUCCAUCCAGCGAUAGAAAUAAUUUUACGGCUGUGAGGAACUAUCAAGUCUACUUGCCAUCAUCAAACUCUACUUUGUCGUCACGUGAUGAUCUUCAUCAGAACAAUUUGCCACAGGAAAAUAUUAUAUUUUUCGACGAUCAUAAGGAUGAAAACUUCAGUCUGAGGAUCGGUCCCCCACCUCGUAGAGAUGGAAAGAACGAAAACGUAAUCGCGAAGGAAAAUGAAAUAGAUUUGGAGCUUCGACUUGGCCACGGGCACGAUCCAUAA